AUGGGCACUUCUGUUGGGGGUGAUUGGAGGAAUGGUAGGUGCAUUUUGCACUGUGAUCGUUCAAAAACACACUCAUCACAUUUUAUCGAUACUGUAAAUUUUAAUAAGCCAACUAAUGUUUACAUAUUAUACAAACAGUCCAUAGGUUUAUUUUGUCAACAAGCUGUAAAUCCUGCUGGUUUUGAUGGUGCUUUCUACGGUCAUCCAAUUCAAAUGUGGCGACAACUAGCUGGUAUACUGACGACAAUUGGAUUCGUAAGUGUUGUUACAGCGGGUAUUUUGCUUAUUCUUCACUUUACUAUUGGUAUCAGACUGGAUCCGAAAGAUCAAGCCCUUGGUUUAGAUAGGGUAGCACAUGGAGAAAGUUGGGAAAUACAAGAUCGUUUUAAAGAUGUUGGUACAAAUACAAGGUCAAGUAUCAGACCAAAUCAACGACCGAUAUAUCCAGCUUGGAAUAAAACAAAACUUCAUGCCAGUUAUCGGCCAAAAAUAUCGCGAACAAAGGCUGUCUGA